ACAUUGAGAGUGGGUGGAGAGAGAAGAAAAGCGACGUCUUCGAUUCGAACGAUUGAUUGUUGGUGCGACGAAGGAAGAUCGAUAUUCGAUCGAUCAAAAUCGCAUCCUGAUUGUUGCGUACCGAUCCGGAGGCUGAAUUCCGUAUUAUCCGAAUUUCUUAGUGAUUGAACCGGCUGAUUAUGGAGUUUGGAGAGUUACUGGCAAUUUUUGGACCUGGCGUUGCCGGCGCAGUGUUCGGCGCUGGUUGGUGGUUUUGGGUAGACGCCGUGGUUUGCAGCUCCGUAAAUAUUGCCUUUGUGCAUUACCUUCCAGGGAUUUUUGCAACUUUGGCUGCGUUGAUGUUUAACUGCGUGAGAAAAGAUGAUAUUGAUUACUCGCCCUAUGACGAGGGUGAAUGGAGGUUGAAACUUUGGCUAUUCAUCGCAUAUGUUGUAUCCUUUGUGUCGUUGGCUGCAGCCGUUGGCCUAUUGGUACAAGAUGCUGUGGUGGACACCGGUCCUUCUGCAUGGACUGGAGUUGCAGGUGUUCUUCAAUGUGUAUUUGUUCUUAUCAGUGGUCUCAUUUACUGGAUAUCUCAUUCAGAAUAACCUGGCAGGCCUGUGCACAUAAAGAGAGAGAGAAAGAGAAAGAGAGAGUCUAAUGAUGGUUUAGUGUGGUUAUUUUUAUGAUGCAAAUGAUGUCGAUCUUUUGUGUUGGGGUUGUUUGAUCAACUUGAGGAUGCAUGCAAUUCAGGUUGGUGUAAAGUUAUUGUGUUAAUAUGUUUCAGCCUUUCAGUAAUAAGUACUUUAACUGCAUUGCAUUUUAUGGGUUCAAAAGCUGUGCAUAUUCCAGUAAAUGAAAUCAUUUUUUCUAAGCUA